AUGGCCUCCCCCAACAGCUCUGACCUCAGCCCACCCUUCCUCCUGGCCAGCCUCCCGGGGCUGGAGAGCACCCGUUUCUGGAUGGCCACCCUGCUGUGCUUCAUCUACCUCCUGGCGGUCACCGGCAACUGCGCCGUGCUGUGCAUCGUGCGGCUGGAGCCCGGCCUGCACGCCCCCAUGUACCUGUUCCUCUGCAUGCUGGCUGCCAUCGACCUGGCCCUGUCCACCUGCACCGUGCCACGGGUGCUCUCCUGCUACUGGUUCAACAGCCGGGAGAUCAGCUUCAGCGCCUGCCUGGCCCAGAUGUUCUUCAUCCACACCCUCUCGGCCAUCGAGUCCACUGUCCUGCUGGCCAUGGCCGUGGACAGGUACGUGGCCAUCUGCCACCCCCUGAGACACCCUGCCAUCCUCACCAACGCUGCCACCGCCAGGAUCGGGCUGCUGGCCACGGCCAGGGGGGUUCUCUUCUUCCUGCCUCUGCCCCUGCUCCUCCAGCCCCUUCCCUUCUGCAGCUCCCGGGUGCUGUCACACUCCUUCUGCCUGCACCAGGACGUGAUGAACCUGGCCUGUGCCAGCACCACCCCCAGCGUGGUGUAUGGCCUGACUGCCAUCCUGCUGGUCAUGGGGCUGGACGCCCUCCUCAUCUGCCUCUCCUACCUGCUCAUCCUCAAGGCU